AUGUCUAUGCAACGAAAAAAAUGCUUUCCUAAACUAAGUCGGUUACGCAAAGACCUGUGGGCUUGGCAUUCGGACGUCGAGUCUUUGAUGCAAGAUCUAGAUGCACCAAAGAGGAAUGCACUGGUCAAGGAUGAAAGACCGGAGGACAAGAUGAAUUCAAAAUGUUUCGAAAUGAUCCAUAAGUUGUGUAAAUUCUCGGAACUAUCAACAAGCGAAAUUGUAGAGCUUCUGAAAGAUAUAGAUAUACCUCGACCAAUCAGCAGAUUCGCCAGUAGUGGUCAGUUAACUACAGGGAGAGUUUCUAGGUCACCGGCCAAAUCGCCAUCCAGAGUCAGGGCAAGAUCUGUGUCACAAGAAGAUCAGUGUAUAAAACAGUUAACUUUUGAUGAAGAAGAUGAAGUAUAUAGAAAGAAUAGCUAUAGUAAGGGAAAAAAGAAAGGCUCGCCAGUUAUUGAUAGAAAUACGAAAAAAGUUAUAAAAGAUUUAGAAGAACAGAUACUGGAAUUGGAAAAAGAAAAUAAUCAUCUUUCUGAAGAUGUAGGGAGGUUAGAAAAAGAAGUUCAGUGGUAUAAAGAUAACAGAGAUUACUGGUUCAAGUAUUGUAAGGACAAUGAAAGAAGUGGAAAACAAGCUCGAGGUAUAAUGAUACUUAUAAAACAGAUUACAAAGAUCAUAUAUGUUGGUCACGUGCGACAUGAGAGUGAUGAGCUGUAA